AUGUUUGCGUCGAGGCUUCUUCUGUUGCGACACACGAGAUGGAGCUAUGCGCCUGGCAAGGUGGCUCCCGAACUUGCAGCCUCUAUUCAAGACAUCAUCUCGAGGGAUCGUGUGGUCAUUUUUCUCACCGGCACACCGGAGCAACCCCGUUGCCGCUUCACAGUGCAGAUGGUGGACAUGAUGCGGCAGCUGGAUGUCCCCUAUAGCUUCUUUAAUGUCCUUGACGACGAUGAGGUGUGUGAGGGACUCAAGACGUACAGUGACUGGCCGACGUAUCCGCAGCUGUAUAUUGACGGGGAACUCGUUGGGGGAUACGAUGUGUGCAAGAAUAUGCUGCUAAACGGUCAGCUUACAAAAUUGUUCAAAGGGAAAAAUCUCCUUUGA